AUGAUCAAGUGGUGGACGAUGAGCGUCAACGAGGCCGUCCAGGAUCCCCUACAUCUCCAUCUUUUCCGGCUUUUCUCCCUUUUUGCGGAAACUUCGCCCCAAGGCUAGUUUCCUUCUUGUUUUUGUUGUUUUUCAGGACUGAUUCUUAAUCAAAGUUUUAUAUUUUCUAAAUAAAAUCGAGAUCCUAGGCCAUCUUUGGCUUGAGCUUCAUGUUCAGAUCAUUAAAAAAAUGCCUGAACAAAAUUUUUUUCUAUUUAUUUUUCCAUCUUUCUCCAAAAACCCUUGAUAUUGAACAAUUUAGAAAUAAAAAGUUCACUCAAUAGUCGUUUUUUUGAACCAUUUACAGCUCUUAAUAAACUUUAUGGUGUUUUUUUCGCGGUUUAUUUUUAGACUGAUUUCGAAUCAAAAAUUCAUAGUUUCUAGCAAAAUUCAAGGUCCGGGGCAAUUUUAAGCUCGAGCUUUUUUUCUAAUGGUUUUUGAAAGAUUGAAAGUUCUUAAUAGACUUUUUGGCCGAAAAAUUCGCCCAAGGCUAGUUUUUCUCUAGUUUUUGUCCUUUUCAGAAUUGGUUUCCAACCAAAAUUUCAUAAAAAAGGGGGUUUCCCAAGUUUUUUCUAUUCUUUCAGUUUCCUGGGACACUUGAAUGAUCAAAAAAUUGGUUUAUAAAACUGAUUUUUCACCGUUUUUUUAACUAAUUUCCAGCUUUUUUUUUUUCAAAAAACUCAGGUUCUGGCUGGUCUAGGGUAAAAUGGACUUAUAUGUCGUUUUUUUGAGAAUUCGAAACUUACUAGAGGAUUUGGUGUAUUUUAAAAGUUUAGGGAGAAAAAUCGAUUUUUGAAGCUGCUUCUCUUGAAAAAUAGGUGAUUACUGUUUCUUCCAGAUUUCAUAAGUUAUUGGGCCUUUUUUGGUCGAUUUUGGAUAUGUCUUACGAUUUUGUUGUUAAUAUUUUUGAAAUUAUGAUUUUUUUUCAAAAUUUUGUUAAAAAAUUUAUUUAGGUUAAAACACCAUUUCCAGAUUAAUUGCGAAGCAAAAUACGAAGCUUUUUUGCUUUAAUUUUGUCACGAGGCUUCGUUUUUCCUACUUUGUUUAUCGAGAAGGGAAAAUAAACCGAAAGGUCGUUUCCUUGUGUGUUUACAUUGCGUAAAGGAGUUUGAAGCUCGGUUGUGGGAAAAUCGUUGUAAACUCGAUUUUUAACGGAUUCUCGACUCGAAAAGUUUUUUUGGCCCAAAAUAGCUUUGCAAAACUAUUUAAAAAAAAUUUUCAAGGUAAGUUUAAUCCAAAAAUUUUGGUUUUCUAAGCUUUUUUUUUCCUAUUUUUCGAUCGAUUUUGAUAAAAUGGGUUAUGAAAAUUAGAGAAAAAUCAAGGGAUUUUUUUUGAAUUGCUCUGUAGAAAGAUGGUAAGGAAAGUCAAAACAUGAAUUUUCCAAAAAAAAAAGGGUUUAUAUUUUUUUUUAACAUCAGUUUUUUUGGUAUAUCUAGGCCACUUUUUUUCAAAAAAAAUAUUUCAUUUUUCAAUCAUUAUUCUGAAAGUUUUCCGUUUUUCAGGAACCUUGAAGCCGUUCCAAGGAGAAUUUCUGAUCGACGAACUUUUGCGUGAAGCCGGCCGGCCAACGACCUCGAAACGUGUCGAUUUUCCCGAAGAUCUGACUUUUCGGUGAUUUUCCUCGCUUUAUUCAAAAAUUGAAAUGAAAACUGUUCAGAGAGCUUCUCAACCUGCUCCAGCUCGUUUUCCCGGAUCGACGAGAGUUGGAGCCAUCUACGGAUCGCGUUUUUGAACGAUUCAUCAACCACGUGAUAGCGAAAGUGAAUAAUUUCGUGAUUUAUGGGGGGAGCCUCGAAAGUGCGCUCUAAUGCGAAACAUUUUAGUAGCCUCUUUAGGGUUUUAUGUUUCAGUGGGCUGAAAAGUGGCCAUUUAAGUGGCGGAAGUUUAGUGGCCAUUGGCUUGAGCCUUCAAAAAUGGGUCCUGACACGAUUUUUAAAAAAAUGAGAGAGCGUUUGGUUAAUGGAGAGCGCAGACAGGCCACGCCCCUUAUCUCAAGCUAGCCGUGAAUAUUUAAAUAUUUCCUUUGUUGGCUCUUCACGCCCACGGAUUUAAAUUUGUUCGUUUUCACCGAAAUGGUCGCACGUGGAAUGGCUCAAAACGCGCCCGACUCAAAACGAUUUUCGCAAGAAAACAUCAAAAACUGAUUUUUCACAUUUUGAAACAGUCUGAUCUCUCUGCGGCCCUCUCCUUUCAACAUGCUUUUUUUCAUUUUUAAGACCUAGUAGUAGGGAAAAGAGACGCAGAGAAGUCAGAUUUUUUUCUCAAGUCGUGGCGAUUGGACUAUAAGUGUUGAGGGCCUUGUAAACAGCUUGAAUGACCUCUGGUGAGAGAAAAGAGAGCGCAGACAGGUCAGGCUGUCCAAAAAAAAAUCGAAGAAUAGUUAAAUUCCCAUAAGUUUUUAAGGCGAGCCAUUCCAAGUGCGACCAUGUCGUUUCACAUUGGGCUAUUCAACUUCAAAGAAAACUUGUUAUGAGUGUAAAAUAACAGAAAACGAAGAAAAUUAUAAUUUUUCAGGGAUUCGUCCUAUUCCGGAAGCAAAGAAAGUCGAAAGGAUGCCUCGGCGGCCGAUUUUCCAAGUCAAAACAGAACGAUUGGACUCCGGGAUGGUGCCAAGUGGUCCCUGGAGAAGUUCGAGUGUGGCAAGUCGCCAACAAGUCCGAGAGCCGAGUUCGGGUUGAUGAGAAUUCUGUGGUACAGGUGAACCUUUCCUAAAAUUUAUUUUAGACUGAUUUUCUAAGGGUCAAACUUAACGGUCUUCCAAAUUCCGCUUUUUACGAAUAAAUUUUUUUCCGGCCGCUUCAAUUUUUGUCUUAUUCUGAAUCAGAGGAGUGUAGCCUACACUGUUUAGGAAAAAGCCGCCGAUUUUGACAGGGCGGUUUCGAAUUUGGCCCAGGUCCGCAAUGGGCCGUCGCGUGUAUGCAGACGCCGCUUCCUUUUGCGAUGUGAAUUUCAAAAAUAAUGUACACUGAUAGAAAAAAAUCGAAAAAAAUUUUUUUAUUUUUCUUUAUAAAAAAAUGAAACAACGGAAACGGUGUCUGCGUACACGUCGCUUACACCCGACGGCAUAUUGCGGCCAAAUUUGUACGGAGCUUUUAGAGUCGACGGCCUUGCCCCACGAUUCUACUUGUUAGAGUGCAAUAAUUCCCGUUAUUGGUUGUUUUACUUUAUUUUUUUUUCGUUUAAACUGCUAUCAUGCGAAAUUAAUGAACCUAUUAUUAUUCUUAUUCUUAUAGCCGUCGCGUGUAAGCGACGUGUAUGCAGACACCGCUUCCUUUUGCGAUGUGCUCCUCAAAAGUACUGUACACUGAUAGAAAAAAAGCGAAAAAAUUUUAUUUUCUUCAUAAAAAUAAAACAACGGAAACGGUGUCUGCGUACACGUCGCUUACACCCGACGGCAUAUUGCGGACUGGGGCUGUACUUGAACUUUUUAUUCUAAAUACUUAGAUUUUUAUCAUGCGAAGUGAAUGAACCUAUCAUUACUUCUAUUAUCGUUAUUAUUAUCGCCAUUAUUAUUAUUACUUGAUUGAAACGGAAACAAGUUGUAGACGUGCUCAUUCGAGACGGAUCGGUUCGUCUGGACGGUUUCUUCCGGUUCGGAAUGUUUGCACUUUGCACAUUUCGAUCAACUCGCAGCUCGCGCCUUCGUUCGAGGUUUCUUUCUUCUUUUUUUUGUCGCUGUUCAAACAAGUGUUGCAAGCUUUCGAGUGCUGUAGGUGAUAUGGUGGGUUCAGUGGGAAUAUCGAAAUAUUAAAGGGUAUUAAUGAAAAAAAAAAGAUUCAAGUUUCGAGUCGUUCAAAAUGUGAAAAAAAAAAUUUAAAUUAAAUAAAAAUUCGUUUUUUUUUUCGAGCUUUCGACAGUGCUGUAAGUGACAUAGCGGGUUCAAUGGUAAUAUCGAAAAAUUAAAGGAUUUUUUUCGAUGAAAAGAAAUUAUUAUUGUUUCAAGUUGUGUAAAAAAUGAAGAAAAAUUUGGAAAAAUAGAAAGUCGUACACUUAAUAUUGACACCUUGGCAUGCUGGAAAAAUCAGUCGGAAGGCCAUUUUUUUUUAAUCGAAUUUUUUUUUAGUUUCUAAAUGUUUGAGAGUCCGAAAUCCUUAUAAUUCUCUAUUUUGGUUACUUUUAAAGUUUCAAAACCCCAUUAUUGGCGACUCAAAUCAGUAGAUUUUUUGAUUUUUUCAACGGCGAAUUCCUUUUCAACCUUUUUGGUUUGACCUGAACACAAUAUAUUCUAUGUGCGAAACAGUGUUGAUAAGAUUUUUUUGAAAAUUUUUUUGGCGAAAAUAAUUCAAGAAAACGCACCACAUUCCUAAUGAUAUGAGGGAAGUUGAGCGAAGCGUCAAAUUUUCUGAAUUUACAAAAAAAAGCAAGUGCGCGCUCCUGAUAAAAUGACGUCAUUCUACACUGAAUAUUCAACGUUAAUAACUUGUUGGUUGGCCUUUGGCUGCGUACUUGAGGUUCCAAUUUUCCCGCCAAAUUUUUUUGACGUCUCCCCACACCGUUUGGGAACGCCGUGAAAACUAUGAAUUUUUGUGAAUUUCAUAACCAGAUGUUUCUCAAACUAACUUAAAACUAGUUAAAUUUUAAAUAAAUACGCACUUUGAAACAGUUAACACCUUAACCAAGUCCGAAAAACUUUUCAAAAUUUGAAAAAUCGAAAAAAAUAUCGUUUUCCAGCACGCCCUUCACUAAAACUUUAUUUUGCCAAAAUUAAAGGUAAAAACUUCUUGCGAAAAUUCAAAAUGUCUUGAAUCUCCUUCUCAAACAUUUUCUAAAACAGUAAAUCGAGUUAUUCAUUGUUUUCCGUUCGCACCGCGCAAUUUUAUCAACAGUUUUGUUUGUCCUCGUAUCAUUGGGUCCCACGGAAGAAGUGAGAAACUCGGCGUCCUCCAUUCAAUUCUUCUGUUCCCGGUGUUUUUUUUUCUGUUUGAACGAAAUUGUUUGCUGAGAGACUGCUUAGGGACUCAAAAAGUCGAAAUUUCAACGCCAAGUUUUCUUUUUCCCGUCGGGUUGCAUUCCGGGGAGUUCCAAAAUGACGGAGAUCAUUUUUUGAAACGAUAAAAAAAAUCAUUUCGGAAGUUAAAAAUCAAGAAAAGCUUGGAAAAUUGAUGUAGACAAAGAAAGGCAAAAAAACUUAGCAAAAAAAAUUUUUUUGAUCAUUUUUUUCUACAAUUCUCAAAAAAAAGACAAGAAAGUUCAAUUUCAAAUAUUUUUUUGAAGCCUUCGAGAUUGAGAAAACCUCAAAAAAAUUAUUUUAUUUUUUUCUCAUUGCAAAGCUGAAAAACAAGCCAGAAAUUCUUCAAAUAAUAUUUUUUUGAACGUCUAAAAAAAUUUCAUAUUAUAGCAAAUUUUAACCUUUUUUUCUCGAUUAUAAGUGAAAUUGAAGGCUAAAGGUAGUGACCGAAAAGCCCCGCCCCUUUUUGCGAUAGUAAAGGUUCCGUUUUUUUCGAUUGGUUUUUUAUGUUUUCGUUUGGACGAAAAACUGCAUCAAAAAUAAGGGUAAAUGGGUGGAAAUAUAGAAUAAAAGCUUUCUCUUCCAGCUCAUAUACUUUUUUUACAAAAAAAUCAUAUUCGUUUCAGCGGAGUGUUGUCACAAAAAGUGAAACGAAUUUUUUUCCGUUUCCAUUUUUUUAAAAUUUCUCUGAAACUCGAUUUUUAUUUCCUCAAAAUAUUCUUAAUUAAAAUUAGAAUCUUCGAAAAAAAUUAAACCAAUUUUUUUAGUAUGCCGAAACUUUUUGAGAGGAAACUUCGAAAAUAAUUUUUUCGGCGAGAUGUUGGUGCCAACAAAAAAUGAACAUAUCGCUUUGUAGCGAAUAUUUUCUCAUGUGAAUCGAUCGAUCGCACAAGUUUUUUUUUCAUAUUGAAGCGAAUCGAAUUUUCUUCAUUCUUCGGCAAUAAAAUGGAAAAUUUUAGUACGCCGAAACUUUACGCUACAAAAAAUUUCAUUCAAAUCGGGCAUUUUAUGUAUUUUUUCAGUCAAAAGUAUCAGCUCAAUAAAAAAAUGAAUAAAAAAAUUCAUGUACCACAGUAGAUACGGGAAAGGUGUUUAUUUUGUGAGAGUACGAUUUCAAUUUUGAAGAGGGUUCGGAAGGCAAUUUAUACUAUCAAAAUUGAAAUUAUUCAAUAAAUAAUUUUUUUUUUCGUUUUCAUAUGAACCAGGAGGGUUCAAUGAUAUAUUUAAAGGCUUGAUAAUUUCACAAAAUCCGAAAACUGCCAUUUCAGACAUGAGAUUAGCCAGUGAUCAUCCGACCCCGGAAAGCCUGACCAGUUUCGAUUUGAAGAGAUCGAGUCGAGGUUAGUUCAAAGUGGAAAAAGGCCUUAUUUCAUUUUUUAAGUGCGCCCCAGCGAGAAGGAAGUCACAAUGAAGAAAGAAUUUGAAAAAGAACGAUUGCAAUUGGAAAAACAGUUGGAAGAAGAACGAAGAAAUCGGAAAGAUGAGGAAAUUGUGAGAGGGUUGGCGACUAGGUGAGUCGAAAGAAGCUUGAGAACGCCAGAGUGGUCCCUAGAGGGGCAUUUUCAGGAGCCCUUGAAGCUUCCCCUUUAAAGAUCACUCUACCUCCCCGAAAGGGGCACGAAAGCUUGCAAAAAUGGCCACUCUAGGGGAGCGUCUUGUUUCAAACCAUAAAAAACUUGGAAGACCCCUAUAGGGAUCACUGAAGCUUUUCAGGGGCUUAAAGGCGUCCAACUCCUAUAAGGAUCACUUGUAUUUUAGAUAGCACUGUUAGGAUUUUUUUUUUUCCUAGGCCCUUUAGGGACCACUCUGGCGUCCUUGACUUUGAAAAAAAAAAAUAUUUUUUCCCGCCCAAAACUUAUGGCGAAUGUGUCGCGGCUUCUUUGAACCGAGUUACCUAAUUUUUCAGCGCAACCGACCUGAAUCGACUUACGCGUGGCUGUAGGUUCAUACUUGAGCCGUGAAAAGUCUCGCAGAUAUUAUAUAAAAUUUGUGAAAAACGCCCUUUUUUGAGCUUUUCUGAGCUUUUUUAUCAUGAAAAUGUCGAAUCUAUGUAUGAAAAAUUCGGUCUAAUCGACCAAAUUGAACAAAUUUACAGGAUGUUGGAAGAAGAACGACAAAAAUCCGAACAAAUGCAACGAGUUCUAGCCGAACUACAGACCAAACUGCACACUGAAGAACACGGUUCGUAAUUUUACCGUUAUUCACUUAAGGGGAUACUUAGGAAGUUAUUUGUUGAGUUAUCUUCAAAGGGAGAGGUUUACAAUGAAUCUACAUCUUUGGAACUUGAGUGGUCACUAGAGGGGUAAUUGAAUGUAUAGGGGCACUAAAGCUUGCAUAAGUGGCCACUCUAGGGGAGCAUGUUAGUGGUCCAUAUGCGUCUUCUUGUUUCUCAAAGAUCCAUAUAGGGACCACUCAAGCUUCAGGGGCAAGGAAAUAGAACUUUUAAAACUCCUAUAAGGACCACCUACUCCUCGAGGAAGCACUUCAGGGGCUAUUUUGUCUCCUUAACCUCUCUAGGGACCACUCUGGCGUCCCUAACAGGUGAGUACGACCUUCCUGAGGUUUAAACUUUAGUUUAUUCUUCAUUUUUAAAACACUGAGAGCCUCCCCCCCUCUCAGACUUAUUGAGUUCUUGACUUUACCACGAAUGCCGAUGACGUCAUCUCUAGCCUUCAGAACCGACGUUUGACGAAUACGACGGCGAAGAAGACGACGACGACGAGGAGACGUCGGCGGCUGCCGCGGAACAAGAAGCGGCCGAAAUAACGCUCCCCUCGAGGGAAGACCAACUCCGACACUACGCCUACCACCUCAACGCCAACGUCAUCUACCUCGACGGCGAUGACGUCGUCGCCGUCGCCGAAGACGAUGAGGUGAACUUGACGCUUUCGGGCCUCGAAACCGGCGUCUGA